UGGCUCUCUGGGUGCGUGCGCUGAGCACGAGACGCAGUUGACGUCGACGUCGAUGGCGACGUCGGCACGUGCAGCUAUAAAAGCAGCGGUAACUGGAGACGGCAGCAGCAUUCUCAACGCAAUCGUCGUGCAGUACACAUCGUACAGCUCUUCUUACAUACACAUACAUCGCCACACAACGCAACACAACAUGGCCACCAAAUACGAACAAUCAAAGACUUAUCAGUACCGCAAGGUGAUGAAGCCGCUGCUGGAGCGCAAGCGUCGCGCACGCAUCAACAAGUGCCUGGAUGAUCUCAAGGAUCUGAUGGCCGAGUGUGUGGCCCAAACUGGCGAUGCCAAAUUCGAAAAGGCCGACAUCUUGGAGGUGACCGUAGAAUACCUGCGCAAACUAAAGCAGACCAAGGCCGCCAAUAACAAUACCAAUGCAUCCGCCACGGAGCACAGUUUCCGUGCCGGCUACAUUCGUGCCGCCAACGAAGUUUCACGUGCACUGGCUGCACUGCCCAAAGUAGAUGUAGCCUUUGGCACCACACUGAUGACCCACCUGGGCAUGCGCCUCAAUCAGCUGGAGCAGCCCAUGGAGCAGCCAACGCCCAUGUCAAUGCAUACGCCACUCAGCAUCAACUGCGACUCCGCAUACUCCAGCAAGAGCAGCACCAGCAGCCGUGACACCUACAGCCCCGUUUCCAGCGGCUACGCCAGUGACAGUGAUUGCAGCUCAUCUGGCUCAGCUACACCCGUUGCCGCCCAGUCUCUGCUGCAGAUUAGCAACAACGGAACCAGCGUCUGGCGUCCCUGGUAAAGGAGGCACUUGCUCCGCAGUCAUCGGGACACGCACGCAAUCGAACUGUCGCUUUACAAAGCUUUACAAUGAUCUUCAUUUUGCCUCUAAUUAAGUGUUACGCAGUUUUCUAAGUUAGGUCUGUGAUAGGCACGUUUUAUUGACUCCAUUAUAGCAAUUAGCCAGAAGUCUGUUAGCCAAUACGAAUGUUUAUAGAGUUUAAGCAAAACAAAA